AUGAUUGGGAGAAGAUUGGAACACAUGAAUCACAUGAUGUAGAGGGGAUUGGAACACCUGAAUCACAUGCUAUGGAGGGGAUUGGAACACCUGAAUCACAUGAUUGGGAGGGGAUUGGAACACCUGAAUCACAUGAUAUGGAGGGGAUUGGAACACCUGAAUCACAUGAUUGGGAGGGGAUUGGAACACCUGAAUCACAUGAUAUGGAGGGGAUUGGAGCACCUUAAUCACAUGAUUGGGAGGGGAUUGGAACACCUGAAUCACAUGAUGUAGAGGGGAUUGGAACACCUGAAUCACAUGAUAUGGAGGGGAUUGGAACACCUGAAUCACAUGAUUGGGAGGGGAUUGGAACACCUGAAUCACAUGAUUGGGGAGGGGAUUGGAACACCUGAAUCACAUGAUUGGGAGGGGAUUGGAACACCUGAUUCACAUGAUUGGGAGGG